CACCAUCACCGCGCGCAUUUCCCGUUGAUCUCGACGCCAUAUCCCCCUCAAUUUCUUUCCACCUACUCAACCAAUCCGAAAGGCACCCCAGGUGCACCAGCAACACAAAAUGGCCGCUGUCGCAGCGCCCGCAACAACCACUCCUCCCAACUGCACAGUCUACGUCCGCAACCUCGAAGAACGCAUCAAGAUCGACCAACUGAAGGAAUCCCUCGAGGAGAUCUUCUCGGAAUACGGCAAUGUGAUUGAGAUCGUGGCCAAGACCAACCUGAAGGCCAAGGGCCAGGCGUUCGUGGUCUUCGACUCGGUCGAGGCGGCCGGCCGCGCCAUUGACGAGAUCAACGGCUUCGAGCUGUUCGACAAGCCCAUGGUGCUGGACUACGCGCGCACGCGCAGCGACGCGACCGUGCUGCGCGAGGGCGGCGAGGAGGAGCUCGAGGCGCAUAAGCGGCGGCGCGGGGCGGAGAAAGAGCGCAAACAAGCGCACGAGGCUCUCGAAGCGCAAAAGAAACUCAAACGUCCCCCCGGCGCGGUGGUGGCGCCCAACGAACCCUCCGGCCGGCCGGCCAAGGCGGCCAAGGGCGCCGGCCUCAAGCCCACCAGCGGCGCCGCCGCGACCGUCAUCCCGGACGAGUACCUGCCGCCCAACAAAAUCCUGUUCCUGCGGGACCUGCCGGACACCGCCGACCAGGACAGCCUCACCGCCGUGUUUGCGCGGUUCGAGGGCUUCCAGGAGGUGCGGUUGGUGCCCGGCCGCAAGGGGAUCGCCUUCGUCGAGUACGAGAACGAGUCCGGCGCCAUCAGUGCCAAGGAGGCGACGUCGGGGAUGCCGAUGGGCGAGACCGGGAAACCCAUCCGGGUCACGUACCAGAGACAAUGA